CGCCCGAUAUAGUAUCUGGGAGCUCAUUCACACACUGUGAGGUCCAUCCUGUCCUGUUGCCAGCAUGGUAGUGUGUCCUGGUCCUGUCUUGCUGCUUCUGCUGGUGCUCUACACUCCUGCUUUCGGAACACAGCUACCGCAGGACGGUAAAGCCAAUGUGUCUCCCACAGCCUCUGGCGGACAGCUGUUCCCCUGGGACCGGAUGAGGCUUCCAACAACCAUUUCCCCCCUCCACUACAAUCUCACCAUUCAUCCCAACCUGACCACCCUCGACUUCACCGGCGUUGUUCGUAUCCGGUUCGAGGUGCAUGAGGAUACAAGCGCGGUUGUUCUCCACAGCAAACAGAUGCAGAUAUCCAGAGUGCUGCUCUUGCUCCCGGAAGGUGCGAGACCCGUCAGGUUUUUGGAGUAUGCGCCUUUCCAUCAGCUCGCCCUACUGCCGGGCAUGGUGCUGGCCAAAGAUAGGAUUUAUGAAGUUCAGCUUGACUUCGCAGCCAAUUUAUCUGAAAGCUACCAUGGUUUCUACAAGAGCACUUACCGCACCAGCAGUGGUGAGGUUCGUGUUCUGGCAUCCACCCAAUUUGAAGCGACCAGUGCCCGUGCCGCCUUUCCUUGCUUUGAUGAGCCCGCUUUCAAAGCUAACUUCACCAUACAGAUUGUACGCGAGGCCCGCCAUAAAGCCAUAUCCAAUAUGCCCAAGAUUAAAACGGUGAACUUGCCAGGUGGUUUACUGGAAGACUACUUUGACACCAGUGUGAAAAUGAGCACAUACCUGGUGGCCUUCAUCGUGUCUGACUUCCUGUCCGUCAGCAAGACCACCAGUCAUGGUGUCAAGAUUUCAGUCUACACUGUGCCAGAGAAGAUUGACCAGACGGCCUUUGCACUGGAUGCUGCCGUCAAGCUGCUGGACUUCUAUGAUGAUUACUUCGAUAUUCCCUACCCACUGCCCAAGCAAGACCUGGCAGCUAUUCCUGACUUCCAGUCAGGAGCCAUGGAGAACUGGGGUCUGACCACCUACCGAGAGGCAGGCCUCCUCUUCGACCCCAACAAGUCGUCGGCCUCAGACAAACUGGGCAUCACCAAGGUCAUCGCCCACGAGCUGGCACACCAGUGGUUUGGGAAUCUGGUGACCAUGGAGUGGUGGAAUGACCUGUGGCUCAACGAGGGCUUCGCCAAGUUCAUGGAGUUUAUUUCUGUCGCCGUCACCUAUCCGGAGCUGCAAGUGAAUGACUUUUUCCUGUCGAAAUGUUUUGAAGCCAUGGAGGUGGACUCCCUCAGGUCCUCACACCCAAUCUCCACCCCAGUGGAGAACCCCGCCCAGAUCCAGGAGAUGUUCGACGAUGUCUCGUACGACAAGGGUGCCUGUGUUCUGAACAUGCUUCGUGACUUCCUGACUCCAGAUGCCUUUAAGAUGGGCAUCAUCAGCUACCUCAAACAAUACAGCUACCAAAACACUGUCAACAGCCACCUGUGGGAGAGCCUGACCAAUAUCUGCCACACAGACAACCUGGAUGAGGGCCAAUUAAAACGGAAAAAUUUUUGCUCCAACGGAAAACUCGUGGUUGGAGCCUCUAAAUGGUUCUCUGGUAAUGAGGUUGACAUCAGGGGAAUUAUGGACACUUGGACACUGCAAGAGGGAUUCCCGCUGGUCACUGUGGAGGUCAUUGGUCGCGAAGUCAGACUGAGUCAGGAGCGUUACCUCAAGACAGAUGACCCCUCUCUCACUGAAGGAUUUUUGUGGCAGAUCCCGCUGACCUACAUGACCAGUGGGUCAGAUGUCAUCCAUCGCUUCCUGCUCAAGACUAAGACCGAUGUCCUGUACCUGCCGGAGGAGGUGGAAUGGCUGAAAUUCAACGUGGACAUGAGCGGUUACUACAUGGUUCACUAUGAGGGCCAGGGCUGGAGGUCGCUGAUCAGACUGCUCCAGCACAACCACACUGCCCUCAGCAGCAAUGACCGAGCCAGCCUCAUCAACAAUGUCUUCCAUUUGGUCAGCAUAGGGAAGGUGCAGCUGGACACAGCGCUGGAUCUGUCCUUGUACCUGUCUAGAGAGACGGAAAUCAUGGCUGUGACUCAGGGCUUCGGGGAGCUGGUACCUCUGUACAAACUGAUGGAGAAGAGAGACAUGACGGCCUUGGAGAAUCAGAUGAAGAGUUACACUGUGGAGCUCUUCCGGUCGCUGAUUGACCAACAGGAGUGGAACGACUCCGGCUCGGUCUCCAAGAGAGUACUGAGAAGCUACCUGCUGAUUUUUGCCUGCGUCAGGAACAAUCCUUCAUGCGUGGCCACUGCCACCGACCUCUUCAACAAGUGGAGGGAUUCCGACGGCAACAUGAGUCUACCCAGUGACGUCAGCCUGGCCGUGUUUGCCAUUGGAGCUCGAACACUGGAGGGGUGGGACUUUCUGUUUGAGAAGUAUCGCCACUCUCUGCACACAUCCAUGAAGAGCCGUAUAAAGGCUGCCCUGUCCAUCAGCCCUCUGAAAAAUAAGCUGAAGUGGAUGAUGGACCAGAGCCUGCAUGGCGAGGUGAUGAAGACUCAGGACCUUCCUUACAUGGUCAUCUCCGUCAGUAGGAACCCUCAUGGUUACAAGCUCGCCUGGGACUUCCUCCGGGCCAACUGGUUCACCCUGGUCAACAAGUUUGACCUGGGCUCCCACUCCAUAGCAAACAUGGUGACCAGUGUGACCAGCCAGUACUCUACCAGGGAGAUGCUGCAGGAGGUGCGAGGCUUCUUCAGCGCUCUGACUGAGGAGACAGGCUCAGAGCUGAGGUGUAUCCAGCAAGCGUACGAGACCAUCGACGAGAACAUCCGCUGGAUGGACCGGCACCUUCCUCUGCUGCAGACCUGGCUUGACCAGCACAGCCCCCGACCCCACGCAGAGCCGCAGAUACAUGAGGAUUUAUAGGUGCGGAUGGAAGAGAGCAGUCUUGGAUGGAGAACAUCCUUCUUCAAGGCAGAGGCUAUGAUAGGAAAAACUGAUAAGGAGGUCCACUUAAUCUCGAGGGAGCCAAAGAUCACCCUCAGGCUUGCUCUCUAAAAAUGUCUGUCCUUUAAGGCAGUGGUUCUCAACCUUUUUGGGGUCCUGGACCCCCUGCGUAUUUUUGAUCUACGCUGAGGACCCUUCCACCUGAUCUUGGGGGAGGGGGGUUGCAAUUUGAUAGAAACAGUAGAAACUGCAUUUUAAAUUGCAUUAUAGCAUUUAUUCACUCUUUGGGGCAAAAAUAAGAGCUUUCAGUUGUAGCUUAGAUAUAGUUAACAAAACAGAAUUCUUAUGCAGUAACUUUCAGAUAUAUGUAACAAAACAGAAUAUGUAUUCAGUAACUUUCAGAUAUAUGUACCAACAGAAUUUUUGUGCAGUAACUUUUAACAAUGCAAAUGGGAGCGAGCUCUCUUAUUAAAAUACAAUAAAUUACACUUGUGAAACAGAUGUAAUUAGAGAAAAAAGUCCUGUUACCCUUUAUAGUUUAGGUAGAUAAAGGUCUCAGUCACAUUUGAGUAAAAUAAUCCUAUUUCUAUAAAUGUCAUAGGAUCUUUUUUUUAAAGAUAUUUUAUUUUCACGGACCCCUUGCAAUUACACCACGGACCACUAGGGGUCCGCGGACCCCCGGUUGAGAAACACUGCUUUAAGGGAUGGUCACAUUUACAGAAAAGUGUGCAAAGAUUCAUUACAACACAGCGCUCGCUACAGUACAGUUUUGCUAGAGUAAAGAAAAAUAAAAAAAAGUAGAUAAACAAAUUUUAAAAAAUGCAGUUUGGCUUUCUGUCAGAUAGGAGACAGGACUUGAUGGUGACAUUUCUGUGUGACUUGACAAUGUCAGAGGUGAAAGCAUGUCUCUCCGUCUCUCUCAUAGCUGAGCUGCGAACCAAAGUUGAACAAUGGUGCCACCCCACCCUCAAUCAUGUGACAUUUUAUUCUUUAAAAUGGUCACUGGACUGCAUUUAUAGACCGCCUUUCUAGUCUACCGACCACUCAAAGCGCUUUACAAUGUAUGCCUCACAUUCAUACAUUGAUAGUGGAGGCUGCCAUGCAAGGUGCCAACCUGCUCAUCAGGGGUAGUUAGGGGUUCAGUGUCUUGCUCAAGGACACUUCAUUACGCUCUAUGGAGGAGCCGGGGAUCAAACCAGGAACCUUCCUGCUGUACCUCCUGAGCCACGCCGCCCCUUAAAUCACCACAAAAGCAAAUGGCGAAGCAACUCUUUGUAUAUUUUUCUGUAGGUUUGACCACCCUGUAAGGUGAGCAUCCUUCAGAGGGGUUCCAAGACCCGGUUGCAUAAUUUCUAAGCAAUAUUGUAGACACAGGGAAGGAUUGAACAUGUUCCUUCAGAUUGCUUCUGAUUUUGCACUCGUGAGGAUGAAUAGGAGGGGUCCCUCUGGUGGAAACUAUUAGAUGUAGUCAAGUCAAAUCUAUUUAUUAAGUGCCUUUAGCAAACAAAAAGUUGUUAAUGUAAAAAUAAUAAAGACGGAAACAAGCAGUUCACAUAGCAAAGGAAUGAAGGAGUGCAUUUCAAACAAGAAAUGAGCCCAAAAGGUGUGUGCAUGCAUCAACCACCACUUAAAAAAAUAGAGGAGCCAUCCUGGGGAGGGCUUUUAGGCCUAUUUCUUAGUCUCCUAUCACAGGGUGACGCUAUCCUAAAUCCCAAAUGAGGAGGAACAUACCUAGUGACUAUGCAUACAAAUGCCAGCAAGCCCAAAAAUUGGUCGCCACGAGUGUGUUCAUUUUAUAUCAAUAAAAUUUUGAUUUUGGAAAAUUUCAGCUGAUGUUGACUUCUGUAGAGGAGGAAUACAGCCCUGUCUUCACUACACCAGUGGAGCAACAGCCAGUAAUCAGCAAGCUUGACUCAAAUUGGCUGGUGGACUAUAGCGCGACACUCUGUCUAUGGGUGAUGGAAACCUUUUUUUGUCUAUUGCACUUGUUUUUUUUUUUAUUGUUUGUACUAUAAGUGUUGUUUGUGUUUUCAUUUUGACUUGAAAUGAAAAUAUAUUUUUAGAAACGGAGAUGGACUACAGAUGUAUUUUGUGACUCCCACCUGUGGUUCUGGCAGCAUGGUGGCGCGGUCGCCUCACAGCAAGAAGGUUCUGGGUUCAAGCCCUGGGUUAGUCCAACCUUGAGAGUCAUCCCGGUUCGUCCUCUGUGUGGAGUUUGCAUGUUCUCCCCGUGUCUGUAUGGGUUUCCUCCGGGUGCUCCUGUUUCCUCCCACAGUCCAAAGACAUGUAGGUCAGGUGAAUCGGCCGUACUAAAUUGUGUGUGUGUGUGUGUGUGUGUGUGUGUGUGUGUGUGUGUGUGUGUGUGUGUGUGUGUGUGUGUAUGUUGGCCUUGUGUGAUGGCCUGGCAACCUGUCCAGGGUGUCUCCCCGCCUGCCGCCCAAUGGCUGCUGGGAUAGGCUCCCUGAGAGCAGGAUAAGCGGUUCGGAUAAUGGAUGGCUGGACAUAGGGUUCUGAAUCUCAGACUAUGUUCCAAUUGUGUAGAUACAUGUGCAGCAGGAGCC